AUGCAUAAUAAUCACCCAGGUGAAGGUAAAGAAAAUAAUAAAGGUGAAGAAAAUAAUGAAGGCAAAGGUGAAGAAAAUGAUAAAGGUGAAGGUGAAGGAAAUGAUGAAUGUGAAGAAAGCGAAGAAGAUAAAA